GCUUCCAGCCUCAGACACAGAACACUUCAACUCCUCCUGAGAGAGCAGAACUCAACUACCGAAGCUAAACUCUAGCUUUGACAAGAAAGAGAGAGAGCGCGAGAGAGAGAGAGAGGGAAACAGAACCCAGAGAGAAACUUACAACGAGAUCGGCUUGAUCAGACCACGCUCCAAGACCCAUCUUUGAAGAGAUUAAGGAAAACUUGCUUGAAGAUAGAUUUUCUUUUACUGAAGAACCGAAGGAAAAAAAAAAAUUUUUUGUGAAAAUGUCUGCUGGACUGAACAACAUGAAACUGACUGCUCUUGUGUGCUUCACACUCUUCUACUGGGCUUCGGCUCAGGAGUGCAGCGGGCAGUGCAGCUGCCCCGACGUGCCCCCUCAGUGCGCCCCGGGAGUCAGCUUGGUGCUGGACCCCUGCGGCUGCUGCCGGGUGUGCGCCAAGCAGCUGGGAGAGCUCUGCACUGAGAGGGACGUCUGCGACCCCCACAAGGGCCUCUUCUGUGACUUCGGCUCCCCCACCAACCGCCGGAUCGGGGUGUGCACAGCAAAAGAGGGCGCCACCUGCGUGUUCGGCGGGAUGGUGUACAGGAGCGGGGAGUCCUUCCAGAGCAGCUGCAAAUACCAGUGCACCUGCCUGGACGGGGCGGUGGGCUGCGUGCCCCUCUGCAGUGUGGACAUCCGCCUGCCCAGCCCUGACUGCCCCAUGCCGCGCCGCGUCAAGGUGCCCGGGAAGUGCUGCGAGGAGUGGGUGUGCGACUCCCCCCACCACCAGACCUUCGUAGGCUCCGCCCUCGCCGCGUACAGAGAGGAGGAGACCUACGGGCCCGACCCGUCCAUGAUGCGGGAGAACUGCCUGGUCCAGACCACCGAGUGGAGCGCCUGCUCCAAGUCCUGCGGCCUGGGCAUCUCCACCCGCGUCACCAACGACAACCGCGAAUGCCGCCUGGAGAAGCAGUCCCGUCUCUGUAUGGUCAGGCCUUGCGAGUCCCACAUGGAGCAGAGCAUCAGGAAAGGGAAGAAGUGCAUCCGUACCCCCCGGGUUUCGAAGCCCAUGAAGUUCGAGAUCUCCGGCUGCACGACCACCAAGUCCUACAGGCCCAAGUUCUGCGGCGUGUGCACCGACGGCCGCUGCUGCACCCCCCACAGAACCACCACCCUGCCCAUGGAGUUCAAGUGCCCCGACGGCCAGGUCAUGAAGAAGCAGAUGAUGUUCAUCAAGACCUGCGCCUGCCACUACAACUGCCCCAGCGAGAACGACAUCUUCGAGUCCAUGUACUACAAGAAGAUGCUGGGCGACAUGGCAUAAAUGAACAGCAAAAACGAAACAAAACAAAACAAAAAAACACCUGCCGUCUAAACAACCAAUCAGAGACACUUGAAUCCCAACAGAAUAUCCAUCUCAGUUGCAGCACAAUAUUUUUUUUGUUCGUCUUUUGGUUUGUUCAUUUUUCAUUUGCAUUGUGUGUGUUUUUUUACACAAAGACACAUAGCUAUAUGAUUAUGUUAAAUGUAUACGUAUGAAUAUCUUUACGGUGCCUAGGGACUUGCAGAUAGUUGCCCUAGUGAGGAUUUGUAAGACAGGGAGGCUGUCCACCAGCCCUGAUAAGAAUACUGCACUAUAGUUCUACUCUGUGACAACUCCCGUGAUGUCACUGACUGGCAGAUUCUUCUCCUGCCAGCUCUCUACCCCCUAAACUGUGGUGGGCGUCCAACUGACUUGGCAGUUUUUGUUUUUUUUUUUUGAGACUCAGAGCACUUGCGGUAGGGACGGUGAAGACUUUGACCCCCCAAAGGGAAUCUUAAAUACUUUACCCACCAGCAUGGUAGAUGAAUGUGCUCUUGUGAUACAUAUACGGCACUAUUUUAAAGCUUAACUGUUACAGUGUCAAUGACAGGUCCUAGUUUCAGCUUCGUUUGCUGAAAAAAAAAA